AUGCCUGUGUUGAAGGAAGCUUUUGCUUUGAAGAAUGCCGUUAAGCACAUCGACAAGAUCAGCCGAAGGGAGAUUAACGAACAUGAUUGGCUAAAGGAAGAGGUUGCAGCUUACCGAAGGGACGUGAGUGACCUGGAAGCUUCCAUCUAUGAACUGGAGAAGGAGAACAUCUACCUCAUCAACAAACUGUUUGACCGGAAACUGCAGUUCCUUAAAGUGCCCAGAAAGUUAUUUCUUACUCAAGGUGCUGGUCUACACAUCCCUGGAAAAGAUUGGGAAGAUCUUGACUUUGCCAACUGGGCAUCAUUAUCAGAAUUUGUGCUUGCGGUGGAGGGCAAGCCAAGCGAGGAGAAAAAGGAGUCAGAAGAGGAGGAAGAAAUAAAAGAAGACGAUGUCGUACAUCUGCGAGGAGAGGCAGCCUACGGCUUUCUUCCCCCAAUUCUGUAUGAAGACAGCAAUGAUUUCAAGGCAUACCAAGAUCUGGGGUCUUUGGAAGUGAAGUUAAUGACCGCAGUGGGCCAAGCCAUGCCAAUUCAUAGCAAAUCCGAACUGGAAACCACACAUGACAGUAGCAGGCCAGACACUCGGAUCACCUACCAGAUGAUCAAAUCCAUAUUCCCUUAAAAGAAAGGAAAAGGUAACCUAAUUAUUCAGUGUUUAAAAAAUAACCCGUUGAAGCUCUUUUUUUUGUAUGUAAGUGUAACUUUAGUGGUUGAAUUAAAU